AUGGGAUGACCAGCAGGGGAAUAUGAUAACUCAGGAACUUGAGAUCCUUGUGUAGCAGGCUAUUAUUGUCCCGGAGAUGAUACUAUGAGCCAAUGAGCUGCUGGAAAAUCAAGUUCUUCAGGAGAAAGUGCAUGAACCCCAUGAAAUACAGGAUUCACUAAUUCUGAAGACUUUACAGUUUGAAACCCUAUUUGAGGAGAUGGUAAGAAAGUGGCAGGGGAGGUUUGUGAUGAUGGAGAUGUGAGCAAUGAUAGCAAAUGAAAUAGCUCCUGCUCAGGGAAUGUGAAUGGGUGGUAUUGUAGUGGUGGUGGCAUCAGUGCUCAAUCAGUGUGAACUGAAUUAUGUGGAGAUGGAUAUACAACAACUAGCGAACAAUGUGAUGAUGGGAAUCCAAAUUCUUAUGAUGGAUGAUCUGAUCAAUGUCAAAUUGAAACAGGAUAUGCAUGAGUAGCUACAGGAACAAAUUCAGCUUCAUCUUGAUCUCCUGUUUGUGGAGAUGACAAAGUUGUUGGUUCUGAAUUUUGUGAUGACGGAGGAACUGAUGAUACAAGUAGAUGAAAUAGUUCCUGUACAGGAAAUGUUAAUGGAUGGCAUUGCACAGGAGGGAAUACUAGUGCUCCUUCAACAUGCUCUGAACAAUGAAAUGAUGGAUUUAUUACUCCAAGCGAAGACUGAGAAGACGGUAACAAAUCCGAUAAUGACGGCUGCUCAUCAACCUGCCAAUUCGAACCAGGAUAUAACUGAACCCUCACUGGAGGAACUCCUCCAUCCUCCUGUUCCCCAAUCUGAGGUGAUGGAAGAGUAGUCACUCCUGAGGCCUGAGAUGACGGAGGGACUAGUAACGACAGUCAGUGUAAUCAAGACUGUAGUGGGAAUGUUAAUGGCUGGACUUGUACAGGAGGAGAUGUUAACAAUCCUUCCAUCUGAGUCACUACUUGUAACGACGGUUUUAUUGCAGGAAGUGAAGAAUGAGAAGAUGGCAAUUUGGUGAAUGGAGAUGGAUGUGAUUUGAACUGUAAGUUGGAAGAUGGGUUCAUUUGAGAGAAUAAUGAGGAAUUAACUUCUUCGGUGUGUAGUAAUAUUUGUGGAGAUGGACUUAGAGUUCAAGGAGAAGCUUGAGAUGAUGGAGAUACUGAGGAUGAAAGAGGAUGAUUGCCGGAUUGUUCUGGAGAAAUUAAUGGAUGGCAUUGAUCUGGAGGAACAAUAAUGAGUGCGGAUAUUUGAGUUGAGCAGUGAAGUGAUGAAUAUAUUACUGUGAGUGAGCAAUGAGAAGACUCUAAUUUGGUUGAUGGAGAUGGAUGAAGCUCGUCGUGAUUAGUUGAAACAUAUUGGAGUUGAGACACUUCAGUUUACCCAAAUGUUUGAAAGCCAAUAUGAGGUGAUGGAGUUACUAUCUCAACUGAUGAGGAAUGUGAUGAUGGUAAUCAGUUUUAUGGAGAUGGAUGAGAUUCAAGUUGCAGCCUUGAAAUUGGCUGGACAUGAUUUGACGAUGAUUCUAAUUUCACAACUGCACAGAAAUGAGAGAAAAAGUGAGGGAAUGGUAAAAGACCUAUCGCAGAACAAAUAGAUGAAGAUUGAGAUGAUGGAAACACUUUUGGCUUUGAUGGCUGUGAUCACGAUUGUAAACUUGAGCUAGGAUAUGUUUGAACAGGAGGCUCAGCCACCACCCCAGAUAUUUGAGUUGAAAAUGUGUUCCGGCCUUCAGCAAACAUCACUUUGACUCAAGAUAAUAAUGCUGUGAUCAAGUUCAAUGACACAAUUCAGAGAUUUACCAUUGGCUCUGAUGACUUGUAUAUUCAGAUUUAUGGAUCUCAAAGUUCAUACAAUUACACUUGGACAGCUGAGUUUGUAGAUAACACUACUGUGAAUGUAAACAUGAACAUUAUAUCAGAGAUCACUGGCAAUGGAGAAGAUAUAUACUUUGAAUUUCCUUUGACAAAUAACUUUAAAAGCUUGGUUUCACAAAGAACAGUAAACCCCGACCAAUAUUUAUAUUUUUAG